AUGGCUUGGGCAUGUGGGCUGGGCCUACUGCUGCCCCUGCUGCUGUCCAUGGUCAGUGCUUCCACACCGGGCGCCGUGGUCAGACUCAACGAUGAGGUGCUGAGCUACGUGUCUGAAAUUGGGAAAGCCCACCUCCAGCGAGCCCUGCAGGUCACUGUCCCGCAUUUCCUGGACCAGAGUGGAGAUGUUCUCCAGCCCACCAGGAUUCAGAUUCUGAAUGUGCACGUGACCCGUCUCCACCUGAAAUUCAUUGCUGGUUUUGGGAUACGCUUGUUGGCAGCAGCCAAUUUUACUUUCAAAGUCUUUCGCAUCCCAGAGCCCCUGGAGCUGAUGUUGCCUGAGGUACUGCUGGCUGAUGCCCGUGUGGCCCUGGGCUCCAUUGAGACCCCCGUGGUGAGCACCUCUGCCUGCUUCUCACUUGUUGGCCGCGCCAGCGUGACCGAUGGCAGUAAUAGCACGUCCCCGGCGCUGCUGGUCCUGGUGGAGAAGCACAUUAAAGCUGUCUUGAGUAACAAGCUGUGCCUGAGCAUCUCCAACCUGGUGCAGGGCCUCAAUGUCCACCUGGGCACCUUAAUUGGCCUCAACCCUGUGGGUCCUGAGUCCCAGAUUCGCUACUCCAUGAUUGACAUGCCCACCAUCACGAGUGACUACAUCUCUUUGGAUGUCAAUGCUGUUCUCUUCCUGCUGGGCGAGCCUAUCGUCAUGCCCAAGGACACCUCCCCCUUCGUGUUGCCGCCGCAUGUGGGCACCCAGGACGCCAUGGCCACCGUGGGCCUCUCCCAGCACCUGUUUGACUCAGCCUUCCUGCUGCUGCAGAAGGCCGGCAGCCUCAACCUGGACAUCACAGGGCAGCUGAACUCGGAUGACAACCUGCUGAACACCUCCGUGCUGGGCCAGCUCAUCCCUGAGGUGGCCCGCCAGUUCCCCGAGCCCAUGCCCCUGGUGCUCAAGGUGCGGCUGGGUGCCACGCCUGUGGCCACGCUCCAUACCAACAACGCAACACUGCAGCUGCAGCCCUUCGUGGAGGUCCUGGUUGCAGCCUCCAACUCGGCUUUCGACUCCCUCUUCUCCCUGGAUGUGGUAGUGAACCUGAGCCUCCAGCUCUCCGUGUCCAAGGCAAAGCUCCAGGGGACCACAGCUGUGCUGGGGGAUGUCCAACUCACCGUGGCCUCCUCCAAUGUGGGCUCUGUUGAUACAGAUCAAGUGUACGCGCUCAUGGGCGCUGUGUUUGAGAAGCCCCUGCUGGACCACCUCAAUGCUCUCUUGGGCAUGGGAAUUGCCCUCCCCAGUGUGGUCAACCUCCUUUAUGUCAACCCUGAGGUCUUUGUCUAUGAGGGCUACGUUGUGAUAUCCAGUGGACUCUUCUACCCUACCAGCACUGAGACAGCACCACUGGAAAAGCUGAGGGGAGCCUCUGCCUCUUGCACUGCCCUCCGCUGCCUGCUCAUGAGAAAGGUUAACGUCAUGCUCACUUUGAAGGCCUUUGCCUUGCUCUUUGCUCCUCCUGGGAUACCUUCACCUGAACCUGUUUCUCUCUAUGCACCAGCUCAGAUGCGGUCUCCCCUGGCCACAGCAGUGGAGCCCAGCACACAGCAAGAGCAUAAUAAAUGUGUGGUGCAUGAGCUGCCUGCACAUGCAUAUGCUGGCACUCUGGCCCAGGCCUGCCUCAGCCCUGGGCAGGCUGUGUGGAGAGCCCGACCCCCACAGGCAGGACUGUUCAUCAGCACAAAGGCCCUCGAGGAGCCCCUAAGCCAAGCCCCCUGA